AUACUCUAACCAUGCUAACUCUUAUUACUGAAGAAUCUGACUCUUAUAAUAUUGAUUAUUACUAUAGCAAAUAUAGGGAUCACUAUGGUAUUGGUAUGUCAGAAGUUAAAAUAGAAACUUUAAGAGUUUUAUCUGCAAAUAUCAAUUCUGUAGUAUGUGAUGCUAGUUCAACUAAAAAGCAUCACUACUUUAAGAUUCCUACUCAACCACAACUGGCUACUUGUUUAUGUGAUAAAUAUCAUACCAAUUUCAUCUCCCAAUUCUACAAAAUCUCUCCUCAAACUGUUCUCAGAACUGCUCCUAUAGAAACAUUACCAACUAUCUCCACUAAACGUUUUAACAGAAUUACCAAUAAAUUACAAACCUUGCCUCUCAUAAAACAACAGCAACAACAACCUAUAGCUAAUUCAAAAAUUCUUUUCCCAAACUUUAAUACUAAUCCAACUCUCUCUCAAAUUACACCUCAUUCUCAAAACUAUCAUACAUCACUUGUAGCUAUGAAAAUAGCUAAAAUGACUUCAAAAGAGAAAAUCUUACUACUUAAAAUCAUCUUCCCUAAACUUUCUAUUUCAAACUCCAAUAUAUCUAAAGAUAAUAUAUCUGAAACCACAAUUGAAGAUAAAAAUAAUAAUGAAAAUACUGACAAAACAGAAAAAGAAGAAACUACACCAAAUAAAUCUACUAAACAAGCUCUAACUUUUGACUAG